AUGGGCUGCAACCAGAGUACCGAAGGUGGAAGUGCUGGCAGGGAGUCGAAGGCAAACGUCGAUGAACAAACCUACAUGUUCCUUUGCAAAGUGAAGCUGCUGAAGCGGUUGCCCCAGGACGAGCUUCCGGCCCUCGCGAAGUCGGCGACGGAAGUGGAGUUCAAGCCCGGUCAGAGCAUCAUCAAGCAGGGCGAGGAGGGCAAUGAGUUCUUCAUGAUCAAGAAGGGCACGGCUGAUGUGGAGAUCAACGGAAAGAAGGUCGCUGGGUUGAAAGCCGGCGAUUACUUCGGCGAGAACGCGCUCUUGCGGAACGAGCCGCGCAACGCGACCAUCAAGGCCAACUCCCAGGUGGUCACUCUGAAAAUCACGAGGCAAACGUUUUCCAGUCUAGGCUUGCAGGACAAGUUGGAGUUCCCCAAGCGCGGCGCCGUUGGUGGCGGAGUCGCGGUCCAGGCCGAGAUCAAACCGCCGAGCCAGAAGUCCACUGAUGACGUUGAGCUCAUCAAGAAGGCGCUGCAGGACAACACCAACCUCAACACGAUUGCAAACCUUGACGAGGCCCGAAUAAAAGCGAUGUCCGACGUCAUGUGGAAGGAGCCCGUAGCCAAGGGCACCGCCAUCAUCAAGCAAAACGAUUUGCAGGCAGACUACUUCUACAUCGUGAAGUCAGGAAGCUUUUCCAUCAGCAAGGCGGAGGACGUCAAAGAGGGUCAAAGUGUGGAGUCCGCUGCUGCUGCACAACUGGGGACAGUGGAGGCCGGAGGCAGCUUCGGUGAGCUUGCUUUGCUCUACUUCGCGCCCCGGGCUGCAACAAUCACGGCGAACGUCGACUCCGAGGUUUUCGUGACGGCACGCCAACAGUUCAAAGAAAUUCUUCUGCGCGCGAACGAGGCCGAAACCAAGCAGAACUUGGACUAUGUGGGCCGUUGCGAGGUGUUCUCACAGGCACUGAAGGAUACCGAGAAGAAGGAGCUGGCAGCAGCCAUGCAUGAAAUGACCUUCAGCAAGGACGAGACCAUCUUCGAGCAAGGGGAAACAGGCACGCAAUUCUUCCUCCUGGUCGAGGGAUCCGUGGUUGUCUUGAAAGACGGCAAGGACAUUGCCAGCUUGCGAGCCACUCCCGAGAAAGCGCCCUACUUCGGAGAGAAGGCACUUGAGAACCGAGAACCACGCGGGGCGACAAUCAAGGUCACGUCAAACCGAGCCAGGACGCUUUGGGUGGACAAGGAGACCUUCGAGGUCCUCCUGGGCUCGCUCUCGGAGCUCAUCAAGCGCGGAAAAGACGGUGACACCGUGGUGGCCAAGUCAGUGGCACCCACUGCCGCAUCCGAUGCCAAGCGCUUUGGGGUCAUCAAGUUCAAGGAUCUGAAGAAGCACGGCUUGUUGGGCUGCGGUGGCUUCGGAGCGGUGGAACUGGUUGAAGAGACCAAGACCGGCAACAUGUUCGCCCUGAAGGCCCUCAGCAAGGGAUACGUUGUCAAAAGUGGCAUGCAAGCGAGUGUCAUGAGCGAGAAGAACGUGCAGCUGAUGUGCGAUUCCGCGUUUAUCGUCAAACUCCACGAAACUUACAACUCGCCGGAGCAUCUGUACUUCCUCCUUGAGCUGGCACUCGGUGGUGAGCUCUAUGCUACCUACAACAAGAGGAACAUGUGGGGCAACGAGGCCUGUGCAAAGUUCUACGUGGCCGGAACCGUGCUUGCCUUUGAACAUUUGCAUGGCAAGAAGAUCGUCUUCCGAGAUCUGAAGCCCGAAAACCUGCUAUUGACCGAAGAGGGCAGGGUGAAACUGACGGACAUGGGUCUGGCAAAAGUGAUUUUCGGAAAGACGUACACGACCUGCGGCACACCAGACUACUUUGCGCCGGAGCUCAUUGCAUCCAAAGGACACACUCACGCUGUGGAUUGGUGGACCCUGGGAAUCCUCGCCUUCGAGCUGAUGUCAGGACAUCCACCAUUCGAGUCCGCCACACCCAUGCAGAUUUAUGCGAAGGUCCAGAAGGGCAUCAAUGCAGUCGUGUUCCCAAAGAAGCUCAAGGGAGAUGUGGAGGCGUUGGUCAAGGGUCUGUGCAACAGCAAUCCGACGGAGCGACUGGCAAUGAAGAAAGGAGGCAUUCAGAACAUUAAGACGCAGAAGUGGUUUACGGGCUUUGCGUGGAGCGAUAUGGAAAGUCUGUCGAUGAAGCCUCCGUACGUGCCAACCGUGAAGAGCAAGAAAGACAUGAAGAACUUCAGUGCCAACAAGGAGGACAUGCCCCCACAGAUUCCAUACAAGGACCCCAAGACCGGAUGGGACAAAGAUUUUGCCACCAGCGAGUGA